CGAAAGCGCUAAGAGAUAGGGUCCGGAAGGGUCGGGUCACCGCUUUCCUUUCCGCCCCCUUUCCUCCUCUCCACACAAAAGAGACGAACCAGCAUGCGCUUCUCCUCCCGUCGCCGCCGAUGGCUCCCUCCUCGUCCUCGUCCUCCUCCUCAUCUUCCCUUCUCUCCCAUGCCAAGCGCCGCCGCAACGUCGCCGUUGCCGCCGCCUCCUCCGCUGCUGCGCUCCUCUCCAUCUUCCUCCUCGUUAUCGCCCCCCAGCGCGCCCUCAAGUCCCCCCUUUCCCUCGUCUCCGACCUCUCAAUCUCCCCGUCCCCUCCCCGUCCGCGAUCGAAAGCCGCGAGCUUGGCGCAGGUGCCCGCGGAUAAGCCGCUUUCCGAGGCGGAAAUCUUCCCGUCACCCGAAGCCGCGGUGGAGCCGCCUCCCGAGGCGGAAGAAGCCAGGACGCGUGAAGAGAGGUGCGAUCUUUACCAAGGGAGAUGGGAGAGAGACGAGGAGGGGCAGUACCCGCUCUACCAGCCAGGUUCUUGCCCGUACGUGGACGAGGCCUACAGCUGCCACGAGAACGGCAGGCAGGAUCGCGGGUACUUGAGAUGGAGGUGGAAGCCUGACGGCUGUGACCUUCCGAGGUUUAAUGGAACAGACUUUUUGGAGAGAAUUCGAGGUAAAAGGUUGAUGUUUGUUGGAGAUUCCAUGAACCGAAACCAGUUUGAAUCGAUGCUGUGUCUCUUGCGAGAAGCGCUGCCUGAUAAGAGCAAAAUGUACGAGACCCGAGGUUAUAAAAUAACCAAAGGACGUGGCUACUUUAUUUUCAAAUUUGUGGACUAUGAUUGUACAGUGGAGUUUGUUCGAUCCCAUUUUCUUGUUAGAGAAGGAAUACGAGUCAAUCGACAGGGUAAUUCAAACCCAAUUCUUAUGAUAGAUCGAAUCGACAAGUCAGCCAAACGUUGGAAAAGAGCCAACAUUCUUGUCUUUAACACUGGUCAUUGGUGGACCCAUGGGAAGACAGCAAGAGGGAAGAAUUACUAUAAAGAAGGUAAUGUUCUUUAUCCACAAUUUGAUGCAACCAAAGCAUAUAGGAAAGCCAUCAAGACUUGGGGAAGAUGGAUUGACAACAAUGUUGACCGAUCUAAAUUAAUCAUUUACCGUGGUUACUCUGCUGCUCAUUUUAGAGGCGGAGACUGGGACUCUGGUGGCACAUGCAAUGGAGAGACAGAUCCUAUCAGAAGCGGUGCAUUUCUAGAUAAUUAUCCAUUGAAGAUGAACAUAGUAGAUAAAGUUAUUAGUAGAAUGCAUGUUCCGGUUGUUCUCUUGAACGUGACAAAGCUGACCAACUACCGUAAGGAUGGGCACCCUUCGAUUUAUGGCAAGAAGCUGACUGAUGGGGCAAAGGUGUCCAAGAGGCGGCAGGACUGCAGCCAUUGGUGUCUUCCUGGGAUUCCUGACUCAUGGAACGAGUUGAUCUACGCGACUCUUGUCCUCAAACAACAUCCACAUUUCUUUACAUAGACGACGGUUUGUCGUCAUAGCCGUUGUUACCCAUCAUGAUUCGUAUCAAGAAAGCUUAUGUGCAUGCCGAGACGAGAAAACAGAUGUAGAUGUUCGCCUGCUGAUUGAAAAGCUGCUUUGGGGAGGCCGAAUGUUCUUGAGAAAGCUCUUUUCACAGCUGCAGUGCUGAUUGUGAUCAGGGGUACCUCUUUUUUGUUUGAUGUUAGAGAUAGUGUUCUAUUUUAUAUCCAUGUUGUUCAGGAGAACCAAUUGUUGUGUCCAUAAUCAAAGUUGUGUAUGUAAAAUAAUGCAUAAAUGAUUGGAUAAAUCGAGAACAUAUACAAAGAUAUUCUUAUAU